UUCAAAAUAUAAAAUUACGCGGUCUCUCACAAAUCUCCCUUCUUUCUCUCUCUAAUACUAUUGGUGUUUCUCUCUCUUCUUCCCACAUCCAUGCUGAUUGAUCUGAGAGAAACAACACUGAAAUUAACUUACAAUUUUUAACACAAAAUUGUUUCUCUCUCAGAUCUAGGGCAUUGUUUUUGCCCUAGCACACCACAUUUUUGAGAUAUACAUACAUAUAUCUCAUAUAAUAAAAUUUGAAAAAAAAAAAGUUAUAUUGUGUGUGAAAAAAAUGUCACCGUUUGAUUCGUUUGAUGCGUUUUUAUUCAAUGCUAGUAGAGCAUUGUGUAGUCCUCUUGCGGUUUUCAUUCAGAUCCAGGGAUGUUUUAUCUGCUUAAUACUGGCUCUUGGAUGGGCUUUAGCUGCUUAUGUAAGCUUUUGGUUUCUUUUUGCAGGGGCAGGGAGAUUCGACGCAUGAAGAGUAGUAUGAAGAGUGGAAAUAGCUUUGCAUUCCUUACAUUGGACAUUAAUGAGCUCGAGCAUUCAAAACAGGUCAAUUUGCCCCGAGUCUCAGUUGUAAUGCCUUUAAAAGGGUUUGGAGAGCACAAUCUACAUAAUUGGAGAAGUCAGAUCACAUCUCUUUAUGGUGGUCCUGUGGAGUUCCUUUUUGUGGUUGAAAGUACCGGUGAUCCUGCUUAUCAUGCCGUGAAGCGAUUAUUAGCGGAUUUUAAGGAUGCUGUUGAUGCUAAGGUUAUUGUUGCUGGUCUGUCAACAACUUGCAGUCAGAAGAUUCACAAUCAAUUGGUUGGGGUGGAUCAAAUGCAUAAAGACACCAAGUAUGUCUUAUUCCUUGACGAUGAUGUUAGGUUGCACCCUGGGUCAAUUGGAGCCCUCACUACUGAAAUGGAGAAGAAUCCAGAUAUCUUUAUUCAAACAGGAUAUCCUCUUGAUUUACCAUCUGGAACUUUGGGAAGUUACUGCAUUUAUGAAUAUCACAUGCCAUGUUCUAUGGGAUUUGCUACUGGUGGAAAAACAUUCUUCCUCUGGGGAGGAUGCAUGAUGAUGCAUGCUGACGAUUUUAGAACCGACCGCCAUGGUGUAGUGUCAAGUCUUCGAGAUGGGGGCUACUCAGAUGACAUGACUCUAGCAGCUAUAUCUGGGGCACACAAGAGGCUCAUUACGUCACCACCAGUUGCAGUCUUUCCACAUCCUCUUGCAACUGAUCUUACCUUCCCUAGAUAUUGGAAUUAUUUGAGGAAGCAAACAUUCGUACUGGAAUCAUAUGCAACAAAGGUUAACUGGAUCAUGAAUCGGGCUCUAUUUACAAUCCACUGCUAUCUGUCUUGGGGUUUUGUAGUUCCAUACGUCAUGGCAGGGAUCCAUGUGGCAGCAGCACUGAGAUAUUAUUUUAAAGAAUACUCCCUUGAGGAUACUGUGUUGACCUGUAGUGGUGGGUUGUUACUCGCUGGAUGCCAUGCCAUAUGCACAGUGAUUGAACUCCUGUCCAUGUGGAACUUGACAAGAAUUGAAGUUCACUUGUGCAAUACAUUGUCUCCCGAGGCACCUCAACUAUCACUUGCUUCUUAUAACUGGUGUCUUGUAUUCAUUGCAAUGCUGGUUGACAAUUUCUUAUACCCAGUAUCUGCAAUGCGUUCUCAUCUUUCUCAGUCCAUCAAUUGGUCUGGCAUCCGAUAUCAUUUGAAGGAUGGGAAGAUAUGCAAGAUUGACAGACACAAGCAUUUGGUUCCCAAAAUUACAGAUUUGGCAGGAAAAGAUUUGCUUGGAAAACAAGGAUCAACACCUAAGGUUGCUAUUAUUAGUUCUUUGUCCAGAACUCUAGCUCAGUGGCGACAACCGAAGAAAUACGAUAUUUAGAUAAGUUCCAAUCAGUGGUAAAUUAUGUGAUUCUUUUGAUCCCUUGGUGGUAGUGGCCAAGGAUUUGCAUGACCAAAUUUUUUUUGGAUUAUUUAUCCCUUCUGAUCUAAGGGCACAUCAUCGGGAUAUAGGCUGUCAGUGUAAGGCUUAUUGUUUCUGGCGAUUAAAUUCAUCACUUCAUUCUUCUCAUUCAGGUCUACCAUGCUUUGGGCUGGUUUUUGUAAUUGUAAUGUUAUUUGUAAUUUGAUGUCCAUUUCAAAGUUAGCUUAAGAUGUAUUUGGGUGGCUGACCAAUAGAUAACAAGUGUAAGGUUAUGCUGUUUCUGGUUAUUAAAUUCAUCAGUUCAUUCUUCUCA